ACAACUCAUCAGCUUUCAAUUAAAUCAGCCACAAGGCAUGUCAUCUGACCACGCGUGGAACUACAGCCCAGGGUGAGUAAUCAAUGACACCGGGAUAUGAGCAGCACAAGGGAAAAAACCCCAAAGAAAAAAGACGCCUUUCCUUUCCCUCUCCUCCCUCCCCAGAAACAAUCCCUGGCAGACACGUCUUAACACACACAGAACAACAUGUUCAGGAAGAAAAGGAAGAAGAGCGAGUGGGACGGCCACCCUGGGAAACAGGCAGGUUCCCCAGGCAGGCAGCUUGCUCCCUUUCUAUUUUGAAAGCGCUUCAGAGCUUCCCAGGGAUAACUACAUAACCCAUCAGAGGGUUUUCACUGGAGAACAGCAGCCCAAGCUUCCAUGGGCAGGGAAAGGGUUUGAGAAGAAGGGGGAACGAUGACAACACUGAGCUAUGUGACUCUGGCGUCCUGAUGCAGCAGACCUGGAAGCAGCUGCCGGGAGAGGGGGCCUGUUUUCUCAGUGUCCACUUUGAAAUACUGCAGCCAUUUGCCACCUGCUUUAUCGUACUCUGGAGCUUUUUUAUUGCUGUUUGGCAACACCUCUGGCCUGCAGGAGCCAAAGGGCAAGUGGACGAGGCGGAGACUUCCCCUAACUGAGAGGCUUAUGACCCGGGAGAGGCUGUUUUGAGAACCACAGUCCCUGUGUGCCCCACCAGCUACACCAGGACGGCCCCACCCCUCAAGGGGCUCCGAGCACAUGACGGAUGGAUGGCCUGCCACUGUGAUCACAGGCUGGGCUGUGUCUGCAAGGGGAUCUGUGCUUGGAAUUGGCUGUGGUGGUUCUCACAUCCAACAGGAAACUUGGGUGAUUUCCCAACUGGUCCUGGCCCUGGCCCUGGCCCUCAAAGUGCUCUUCUCUAUUCACUCGCAAUGGAAGGCCCAGCUGCAGGGCAGCUGGUGAACUAUGGGAAUAGCGGCUCUGAAGGAACACAGCAAGAGACACCAAGAGUCCAAGGCUGUGGGCACAGAUUCCUGGGGCUCCUCCAGCCUGGCCAGAAAAGCACUUCCUCUCCAGGAGCAGGGAGAGGGUGUCUGUAUGCCAGGGCUCUGCUGAGGGCUCCUUGUUUACUGACUCAGCUAAUGAGUCUCCCCUGCACUUAUGCUAGGGAAUAUGAGUACCUCCUACUUCCAAAGGAGAAACUUGGGGCUCAGAGAGGUUUGGCAACUUAUCUAAGAAGGUCCAGUAAGAAAUCAAUCAUAAAAGUGCCUUACUCAACUGUUUGACCCAUCACAUACAAAUUUUUGAGAAAAGUCCUCAGACAUGUCUGAAGCUCCCUAUUUAAAUCCCAUUAUCUGAGACAAAGGGAACACCGCAGCCUCUGCCCCUGCAAUGCGCCAGGCCGUGGCCACCCAGGGACUUUGAACAUGUCGAGGAUCGCCCUCAGCAGACUUGCCCAGGAGAGAAAAGCUUGGAGGAAGGACUAUCCCUUUGGCUUUGUGGCUGUCCCAAUUAAGAAGCCAGAUGGCAUGAGGAACCUGAUGAACUGGGAAUGUGCCAUCCCAGGAAAGAAGGGAACUCCGUGGGAAGGAGGCUUGUUCAAGCUGCAGAUGCUCUUCAAAGAUGACUAUCCAUCCUCACCACCAAAAUGUAAAUUUGAACUAUUGCUAUUUCACCUGAAUGUGUACCCUUCUGGUACAGUUUAUCUGUCCAUCCUGGAGGAGGACAAGGACUGCAGGCCAGCCAUCAGGAUGAAGCAGAUUUUAUCAGGAAUACAGGAACUUCUAAGUGAAUCAAACAUCCAAGACCCUGCUCAAGCAGAGGCCUACACGAUUUACUGCCAAAACAGAGAGGAAUAUGAGAAAAGGGUUCGAGCACAACCCAAGAAGUUUGCACCCUCAUAGACAGAGACCCUGUGGCAUCACAAAAAGAAGGGAUUGGUUUGGCAAGAACACCUUUUGCAAAUCUCAAGUCGCUUGUGCAGUUACGGAUUGCC